GGAUGAUACAUGAAUGAAUAUAAAUAUUUUCUUGUCAUUUAAAUUUGUUGUCCAUUUUGGUCCAUAGUGUUAGGGGGCUUUAAUCUCAAUCGAACCAACUUUAUGUCAAGAGAAAAGCCUAGCCCAAAUCCCAAAUUUUAAGGUUAAACGCUACUUUGGCUGCUGCUAUAAAAAUACAUAGUGAACGACGAACUCGAAUUAUCGUCACUGUCAUCGUCACAGUCCGAGAGAAGGUUCAAGAGCACCUGCUAGGAUUAACAAGGAUCAGGUGAGUUCCACAUUACAUUCACAAUCACUUUUCAUUACCAAUGAUUUAUAUGUACACUAAAACACUCUUAGUUGUUCGUUUUAGAUGCUCUUCUCUUUUCGAUUCAACAAUCCAUAAACUGUAUGCUCUUCAAACCCAUCAUCCACUUUCUUCAUCUCUCAAAUCGAUCUCAACUUCCACUAAUCAACGCUCUUUUACAGUCGAUUACCUCAUCAAUUCAUGUCGGUUCAGUCCAGAAACUGCUAUUUCUACUUCCAAGAAAAUCAAUUUUAAAACCCUAGACCAACCAGAUUCAGUUCUCAACUUCUUCAAGAACCAUGGUUUCAGCAUCACCCAGAUCUCAACUCUCAUCAGAAAACGCCCAGAACUUCUCUUAUCGGAUCCCAGUAAAACCCUUUUGCCCAAAUUCGACUUCUUUUACUCCACUGGCAUUUCCAGCACUGACCUCGCCAACAUAGUAUCCACUUGCCCAACUUUAUUGAUACGAAGCUUGGAGAACUAUAUCAUCCCAUCUUUCACUUUGUUCAUUAAUUUAUUUAAUUCAAAUGAUAAGUUUAUCGCGGCCGUGAAACGAUUUCCUAGGAUUGUAGAGCGCUAUUGCAGUGCUAUUACAUUCUCCAACAUUGAAAUCUUGAGACAACAUGGUGUGCCAGAUUCCAAUAUUGUGUUCUUGCUCACUUCUCACAAUUGGUCACUCAGCCUCAAGCCUGAUAGAUUGAGUGCGGUAGUGGAGGAUGUUAAGAAAAUGGGUUUCAACCCUUCAAAAGUCCAGUUUGUUAUAGCGGUUCAGGCAUUGAAGUCAAUGAGCAAAACAACAUGGAAAAGGAAGAUAGAGGUUUAUGAGAAUUGGGGUUGGUCUGAGGAAGAAACAAUGUUGGCUUUUACAAAAUAUCCGUGGUGUAUGAUAAUAUCGGAGGAGAAGAUAAUGGCGGUGCUGAAUUUUUAUGUGAACACAAUGGGUUGGGAGUCUUCCCUAAUUGCCCAUCGUCCACAAUUAAUGUCAUUCAGCUUGGGUAAGAGGAUAAUUCCCAGGUGUUCAGUACUUCAAGUUUUGUUGUCAAAAGGUUUGAUCAAGAAACCCGUUUGUGCACUGACAUUGUUGAGGUCUGGGGAGAGUUUGUUCCUCAACAAGUAUGUGACCUGUUAUGAGGAAGCUCCUCAGUUGUUGAAACUAUAUCAAGAAAAAUUACAUGGUCAUGAAUCAUGAUUGUGACAGUAAGAGGAAGCUUCCUAACUGAAGUGGUUUACACAUCCCCUGUUCUUGCUUUCAUUUUCACCCUCUUAUUUGACAGCGCCACCUUUUUCAAUUAGGUCGUCCACAAUUAAUGUCAUUCAGCUUGGGUAAGAGGAAAAUUCUCAGGUGUUAACGCACAUACAUUGUUGUAUUACUCAGAGAGUUUGUUCCUUAAGAAGUUUGUGACCUGUUAUAAGGAAGCUCCACUAUUGUUGAAAUUAUAUCAAGAAGAAUCGGAGCUUUCAUGAUUGUGAAGGUAAGGGUGGAACUUGUCAGUAACUGAGGUGUCUUACACGUCACCUGUACUUGCUCAGAUGCUCUCAUUUCCAACCUCUUCUCUCAGGGCACCACCUUUUCGGAUUAGUUGUUGUGCUGCACUUUUAUGUCUUAUAUUAAUCAUGUAUGAUUUAGCUGAAUUAUUAUUGUUGUUGUUGUUGUUGUUGUUGUGUGUGCAACUAACUAAAUUAUUGUCAUGUUAUAGGUAGAUUGCUGAUUUAAUUCAAUUCUACUUACUAAGCAACUGUUGUGGGAUUUAGUAAUAAUCUGCGCAUUGCUAUUCUUCAUGUU